AUGGGUUCGUCAGCAUCAAGAAACAGUAAGCUAGACUUGGAAAGUGUUCUUUCUGAAGAACCUCAAUUGAUCGAGAAAGUUCCUAUUUGCGAAGAUAUGUUAAAUAAUAUUGGAGAUUUAGAUAUUACAGGAGAGGAAGGCGAUAGCUCAAUUUCCGUUGAUAAGCUUUCCAAGUGGGAAUCUGAAUUACAAGCAGAUCCCAAGAAUAAGCUUGCUCAAAAUGCGUUCGGAAAGAACUCAAUCACCAAUGUUAUCUCAGAAUCUAAUCGCGCCGCCAAGGUUAAACAGCAGUAUUUCUUUAAUGUCGAAGUAAAAUCAAUUGGAUCUCCAGCCUUUUUGAACAAUCAGAAGCUGUCAGGAAGAUGCUGGAUAUUUGCGACAUCUAAUGUCUUGAGGACGCACGUUAUAAAAAAUUACAACUUGAAAGAAGACGAGUUCCAAUUGUCCCAAACUUAUUUAUUUUUCUAUGAUAAAUUAGAAAAAGCCAACUUCUUUUUAGAAAACAUUAUUGAUACUGCCGAUGAAGACUUAGAUUCAAGAUUAGUGAGCUAUCUUUUGUCUAGCCCUGUCGGCGAUGGCGGUCAAUGGGACAUGAUUGUUAACGUUAUUGAAAAGUAUGGUAUUGUUCCCAAUGAGUUCUUCCCAGAUAAUUCUCAAGCUAUCGCAACUUCAGCAUUGAAUUAUGUUGUUACCGAGAAGUUGAGGGAGUACGCUUUAGUGUUAAGAGAUUUGAUUGCAAAAGGAAUCGAUAAAAGUAAACUUAAUGCGGUAAAGAAUUCAAUGAACCAAAAGGUAUACAGCAUUAUUGCUUUAGCUUUAGGCAGUCCUCCUAAACCUGAUGAACCAUUCGUAUGGGAAUUCAAAGAUAAGGAUGGUAAUUACAAGUAUUUCGAGACCACUCCAAAAGACUUUUAUAAGACGCAUGCCAAAUAUGAUGUAUCAACACGCUUCUCUUUGAUUCAUGAUCCAAGGCACGAGUACAAUAAGCUUUAUACAGUUGACCGCUUGAACAACAUCUUUGGUGGAAGACCUAUCGAAUAUGUGAACACUGAAAUAUCUGAAAUUAAGGACGUAGUUAUCAAAAUGUUAAAAGAUAACGAACCUGUUUUCUUUGGUUCUGAUGUGGGUAAAUUCAGCGUUAGAGAUACGGGUGUUUUAGACGUAGAUGCUUUUGACUAUAGAUUGGGUUUUUCAACCGACUUAGGUAUAGCUAAAGCUGAUCGUUUAAAGACAGGCUCUUCUCAAAUGACUCAUGCAAUGGUGAUCACGGGAGUACACCUUGAUCCAAAAUCUGGUCUUCCGAUCAGAUGGAAGAUAGAAAACUCAUGGGGUGAUGAAGUGGGUAAAAAGGGUUACUUCCUCAUGACUGAUAGAUGGUUUGAUGAAUACGUGUUACAAAUUGUUUCUGAGAAAAAAUACGUAUCAAAAGUAGCCUAUGAAGUUUUCAAAGGUAAAGAAUUUACGACUUUGCCAUUCUAUGACCCUAUGGGUGCUCUAGCUUGA